AGAUUUGUUCAACGGAUCGAAACCCCCAAACGCAAAACCAGUCUGGAUUUCAUACCAUACCAUACCCUUCUCUUCGCCGCCGGCCGGCCGGCCAUCCUUUCCUCCGUCUACAUCCAAAUCCAAUUUCUGCACACAUAUAAGUAUAAAAAAGGAGGAAGGAAUUUUUUUUUGAUUUCCAGAGGAGCAUCUGAAUUUCAAGAUUAGUGUUUGUUGUUUUAGGGUUUUGGUAGGUUUGUGUGCUGGGGAAUUAUGGAGAGGGUUUUCAAUAAAGUUCGGAAUUUGGAUGCGUACCCUAAAAUCAAUGAGGAUUUCUACAGCCGUACGCUCUCCGGUGGUGUUAUUACCCUCGUCUCUUCCAUCGCCAUGUUCCUUCUUUUCUUCUCCGAACUUGGACUAUAUCUCCACACUGUUACUGAAACAAAGCUUGUAGUCGACACUUCUAGAGGGGAGAAACUACAUAUUAAUUUUGAUAUCACAUUUCCUGCUGUUUCAUGUACGCUACUCAGUCUUGAUGCCAUGGAUAUCAGUGGGGAACAACAUCUUGAUAUUAGACAUGAUAUAGUAAAGAAAAGAAUCGACUCUAGUGGCAAUGUCAUUGAAGUGAGACAAGAAGGAAUCGGUGGCCCUCAGAUUGACAAGCCUUUGCAAAGACAUGGUGGCAGGCUCGGGCAUAAUGAAACAUAUUGUGGUUCAUGCUUUGGUGCAGAAGCGUCAGAUGAUGAAUGCUGUAAUUCAUGUGAGGAGGUUCGUGAAGCAUACCGAAGAAAAGGCUGGGGUUUGACGAAUCCUGAUUUGAUUGACCAGUGCAAACGGGAAGGUUUUGCUCAGAAGAUUAAAGAUGAAGAAGGUGAAGGAUGCAAUAUCUAUGGAUCUUUGGAGGUUAAUAAAGUGGCUGGAAAUUUUCACUUCGUCAAAAGCUUUCAUCAGUCAAGUAUUCAUAUCCCUGAUUUGAUGGCUUUUCAAGAGGAUAGUUAUAAUAUAAGUCACAAGAUAAAUAAAUUAGCUUUCGGAGACUAUUAUCCUGGGAUCGUAAAUCCGCUUGAUGGGGUGCAUUGGUUUCAAGAAACUCCAAAUGGAAUGUAUCAGUACUUUAUUAAGGUAGUGCCAACCAUAUACACUAAUAUCAGAGGCUACAAAAUUCAGUCAAAUCAGUUCUCAGUGACCGAACACUACAAGAGCCGAGAAAUGGGCCAAAGGUCUCUCCCUGGUGUCUUUUUCUUCUAUGACCUUUCUCCAAUUAAGGUGACAUUUACAGAAACCCAUGCCUCAUUCUUACACUUCAUGACCAAUGUCUGUGCCAUUGUUGGAGGUAUUUUCACAGUUGCAGGGAUUGUAGAUUCGUUCAUUUACCAUGGUCAUAAGGCUCUAAGGAAGAAGAUGGAAAUCGGAAAGUUGGGUUAAUCCAUAUAAUUGCCACAUACCUGAUUGAUAUGAGACAUGUUUGAGGCAAAUGCAGACGAGCCAAAGGUCUUUUUGUAGCACUCCAUUGCAAAAUCCAAGUCGAAUUUUUAUUCCCCACCAACAUAUUUGUAAUUUAUCCUUCUUUUUGAUUAGUCGUCUGUAAUGCCCUGAACCUGGUGCAAAACCUUUGUGCCAACUGCUUGUUCAUGCAUGGUGGAAGUCAGUGAGUCGAACACCAACUGUUGGGCCUGAGAGUUAAAAACAGCAGUUUUGUUACUAAUCUUUAUUUUGGUCUAAAAGUUCACUUCUAAAACA